GGCCGGGCCGACUGCGCAGGCGCGGGGCACGCUGGUUACGCGCGGGGCUCUGUGACCGCGUGACCCUGCGACCCGCGUCCCUGCGCAGUCAUGGCGGUCAGGGCCCUGCUGGCGUCCAGGCUACGUGCGGCCUCCGCGUUCGCGCCACUUCACGCGUCCACCCCACGCGCGGCCCUCCACGGCUCGGCGCCGCGCCCGGGGGCCAGGGUCGCUCUGGUGCUGUCUGGAUGUGGAGUCUACGAUGGGACUGAGCUCCACGAGGCCUCAGCGGUGUUGGUCCACCUGAGCCGUGGCGGGGCCGAGGUCCAGAUCUUCGCUCCUGACAUCCCUCAGAUGCACGUGGUCGACCACACCAAGGGGCAGCCUUCCGAGAGCGAGACCAGGAACGUCCUGACGGAGUCUGCGAGGAUCGCCCGCGGCAAGAUCACCGACCUGGCCCGGCUCAGUGCGGCCAAUCACGACGCCGCCAUCUUCCCCGGAGGCUUCGGGGCCGCUAAGAACCUGUCCCGUUUCUGUUCCCGUUUCUCCACCUGUCUGUGUGCCUCACGGAAGUGCUCUGUGCGGGCCGCGCCGUCCCGGCUUGUCCCUUCCGAGGCAGCCCCACUGCGGCUGGCGUGGGAGGACAGGAAGCAUCUGCGUCGCCUGCUUUGGGGUCAGACGGGGACCCUAGUGGGGGUAACAGCCUGGACUCGGCGGGUUUCAGUGGAAACCCCGCAGACUGGGCUCCACGGGGAGCAUCUCCCUGGAUCGCAGACGAGCUGGCUGCUGUGCCCACGGCCAGGCGCCCCUGACAGUGUGGCUGGCUGUGAGCUCGGGCAGCCAGCCCCCCACUCCACCUCCCUGCUCCCCGCCGCUCCCAGACCAGGCGGGUGUGGGGUGCUGCUGGCGCCCUCCCGCACAGCCUCGGCCCGCGAGCACCCGCUGGGUUUCCUUGCUGUGCCAUCGGGUCUCCUCUCGAAGGUCUCCGCCCGCCGUGCCUCCUGCAGCAGGCUCCUCUCCCCCUCCUCUUCCCGCCACCCCCCGUGGGGUCUCCCCUCCUGUCCCGGCGCCCUUCUCUGACGUCCGCCAGGAAUUCUGUUUGUAUCUGGACCGCAGACCUCCCCCCUUCUUGAUCUGCAUGGCCGCUGCCUGCCCCAGGCUCGCACCACAGUGUCCUGUCGACAUUCUGUCACCUGGACCGUCCCUUGUCAGCCCCGCCUCCCUCUGGACUCCUUGUGUGCAGGGUAUGGGGUGGGGCAGGGAUUGAGCCUGGGACCCUCGUGAGCACUGCCCCCUGCACCCUGUUUGGUUGGUUGGCGGGUGCCGUCCCCCUGCAGCGGUGUCCUGGCUCGCUGUAUCCCGGUGCCCUGCACCCAGAAGUGAGGGGCACAGGCAGUUAGGGACCUGAGGUGUUCCGACGCCACUUGGCUCCCCUCGGCCUGCAGACACCCGAAUGGCUCUGUCCAGGUCCCGAGCCGCUGUUCCGCCUGUGGAGCCGGUUCCCAUACUGCUUCCUCCUCUGGGAGCCCUGCCUCGCCCUCCUGUCCGCUCCGUCCUCCAAAUGCCAGCCUCUCGGGUGAGCUGCCCUCGUCCCCGCCGCCUGCACGCGCACCGGGCAGAAGCUGGCAGGGAGUGGCCUCCGUUGGCUUCACUCUGCCAGGCCCCGGGGCUUUUCCUGGGGAAGGUGAGCCUGAACUCUGACCGUUGCCCGCCUCCCCCCGCCCCCAGCCCGGGUGAGGGCACUUUCGGGCUGUGCUCGGGUUGUGCCCGUGGCCCAGCUGAUGACCACACACGGUUGACCUAGAAGCACAGGAGGGAGGUGAGCAGGUUGUUGGCGGUCUUUGCCCUGCGUUCCAGGGAGCCGUGGCCUUGGGUCAGCGCCCCCGUCUGUGAACUCACUCUUCCCCCGGGCAAGCUGGGGCUUCAGGUCUCCUGCCUCAUUCAUCCCGGCCGUUCGAGCAGAAACGUCAGCUCAGUGGUUGGUUCACCACGGCUGCCGGUUGGGCCGUGGGACGCGGCGAGGGGCGGCAGGCGAGCUCGCGGGGUCAGAAGUUCUUUCUGUGGGGGGCCUCGGGCCCGUCCCUGCCCUGGUUGCCCGUUCACGUGUACGUUCGAGAGGUCUCCGUGGGGUUGUGUGAAGUCUGACCGGGCGCCGGGCUGGCGCGGGUGGGCGAGUGUCCAGCACUUGGUUUCGGCUCAGGCUGUGGUCCCAGGGUUGUGAGCGGGAGCUCCGCGCAUGGGGGUCUGCUGGACGUUCCUUCUCUCUCCGUUCUCCCCUCUGCGCGCACGCUCUCGCUUUCUGAGAUAACGUCUUUUUUAAAAAAAGCAAAGUGUAACCAGUUGGAGGCCUGUUAAGCUUCUUGUUCUGUUUUGUGUGUGUCACAAACGGUGGCUUGUCGGUGGCCUGUUAAGCACCUCAUGGCUGCACGCACAGACCCCGUCGGGCAGACGCCCCAACUCGGAUGGACACCGUGGUUUCCAGGCCUCACGUCUGGGCUGCUACUGGCUUCUGGGGGACAUAGUUGAUAUGUAAUAAAGUGUGACGCGUGAUAGCUCGGCCAACCAGGCACACCCCGACACGGUCAGGCCGCAGGCUGCCGGAGCCCCGUGGCACUCACACGUUCCCGGGCUGGAGGUGUGCACACGCGCGUGCCAGGGAGCCAGAGUGGGGCUCCUGGGAGAGUGUGUGUGCUUUGGGGCUCACCAGUUGCCUCCCAGAGAGGUGCCGGCACGCAGCCGGUGGGCGGGGAGGCCGUCCAGACCCCCGAGCCGCGCCUGGCAUGGAGAGAGGCACAGCGUCCUGUCCUCUAACCCGUGCGUCUUUCUCACGCGUGGACGGCGGGUCACGGCUUUCAGGCCCGCAGCAUGUCCUGCUUCUCCUUGGCUUACAGAGCCGACCUCUGAGGACUCUGUGGGUGUGGCCCGCAGCCCGGGCACCUGCCGGCUGUGGUUCUCCCGGGGACUGGCCUCCCCGCCUCACCUCUCUGCCGCCCCCUCCCUCGCUGGGCUGGAAGUAGAGAAAGUAAUGUAUGUGAUUACCUGAAAACCCGCGCUCGCGCACGUGACCUGCUCGUCUCGGGGUCUGGGGAGUUAGCGCGGCCGCCCCGUCUCCCGGGUAGGGUCGGGGCCCCGGGCAGGCCGACCCCCGGCCGUGAGAGCUGAGCCGCCUCUUCUCG